UUAUCCUGCUUCCUGCUUUGUAUUAAAGUAGAUAGAUAAGAAAAUAACUUUUCCUAUUAUUUCUCACUAAUCAAUUAACGUGCAUUUCUUUUUCAGAGCCAAUAACCAUUAAGUCCAAUUAAUGUUCAUAAUAGUGAUAUUUUUUGAAGUGUUUAUAUAUAUAUAUAUAUAUAUAUAUGAAAAAAGAAAAAGAAAAAAGAAAGGUGCCGUCCUGGUGUGUUUUGAUGGGCGUGCGACGCAAAAACGGUGCGUUUCGAUGGGAAGCCCUAGCAGCCGCGUCAAAAACCCUAAUCCAGCCGUAUACAACGGAGUGCUGUAGCCGAGAGAGAGAGAGAGAGAGAGAGAGAGAGAGAGGAUGCAGAUCUUUGUGAAAACCCUAACUGGGAAGACCAUCACGCUCGAGGUCGAAUCGAGCGACACCAUUGACAAUGUGAAGGCGAAAAUUCAGGAUAAAGAAGGUAUUCCGCCUGACCAGCAGAGAUUGAUCUUCGCUGGGAAACAGCUCGAGGAUGGCCGUACUCUCGCGGAUUACAAUAUCCAGAAAGAAUCAACUCUGCAUCUUGUCUUGAGGCUUCGUGGUGGAAUCAUAGAACCAUCUUUGAUGGCAUUGGCACGGAAAUAUAACCAGGACAAAAUGAUCUGCCGCAAAUGCUAUGCCCGUCUGCACCCUCGAGCUGUCAAUUGCAGAAAGAAGAAGUGUGGACACAGCAACCAGUUGAGGCCAAAGAAGAAAAUCAAGUAGAUGGCUGGUUGUGAGGAGACUUCGGGUUCGUGCUUGUUUCUUCUGAAGCAUCACAUGGAUUUUCAGGGAAAAUUUGAGCACCUUCAUUUUAGGCCUGUGAGGAGAUUAGAACUUCUAGGUUUAAACAUCUGGCAUGGAUCUGCCUUUUGCAUGUUACUUUGUUUUGUUAUGAUCUAAACAUGUUCAUUUUAAUUGGUUUUUUGGUUUGGUUGAAAAUUUGAAGUUCCUUGAGCAAUGUGUUGUACUGGAAACAAUGGUUGUCAGGAAAAUAUAUUUUCUUGAUCCAAA